AUGCCAAAUAUUUCAAAUUUACGAGUAUUUAAAGUCUUUUCUACAUGCGAUUAUAUAUUUGUACAGCAUAUUGAUGAAAUAGUUUCUGAAAACAAUACUUCUUUCAAAUUAAAGUUCGAAAUUGUUAAGUUUUCGCCCGGGCAAUAUUGUGAAUCAAUUUUUAUCGAAACAUCAAUGGGAAUUAUACCAUAUUCCGUAACAUUUAAUGUAAUAGACCACUCUCCUCUGCAUUUUGAUACAAUUCAUAUAUAUCAAACCCAAGAAACUGUUCAAUCAAUCACAUUAAAUACACCGGCAACACUUUACCAGUCAGUUUUAUUCGAUAAUACAAUAUUUGAAAACCAUAUGGUAAGAAUUAAUCAAUUUCGAGCUUAUUUAGAACCCAAAAAAUUAAAUCUCGGUACUUAUCUCACUUUUGUUUACAUUUUCAUUGAGGAUGAUUGUUUUAUACAGCCAAUCUUCCUUCAUGUCAUUGAAAAUCGCAUACAAGAAAUAAAUAAAAAUAUUUAUGUUUCUCACGUUCAAGAUUCAGUCAUAGAAACAGAAAUAGAGGUCUCGUUACUCAAUCCUACAAAUAAUUUCUACAGAAUUGGCAAAAUUCAGUAUUUUGGAGCCCCAGAAACUUCAUAUUUUUUAGCAUUAUCGAAAAGUUACCUUCACAAAACAGAUCAAACUAAGAUUUGCACUCUUACUGUCAGAAGCCAAGAUUUUUUCAGCUCUAAUGGCUAUUUUUUCAUAGAAACCGAGUCAUACGAUUCAUAUUCGGAUUUUGCUGAAGAAAGCAAUAUUGACAGUGCGCCGAAAGAAAUAGUAAAGCUCACUGUAAAUGUUUUCACGCGAUUAAUCCCUUAUAAAAUCGAUAUUGUUCGAAAUGAAAUUUUACAAGUCAGUAAAGAGUCCGUAGGUUCAUAUUCCAUCCGAAAUUUACUAAACGUUCCUGUAGUAGUCACGUCAAUCUAUCUCAGCAACACUUUCCUCAUGAUCCAUGGCUUCAAACCAUUUAUUUUGGAACCUCACAAAAUUUCUGAGGAAAUUUUCGUAUCGUUGUCAAAUACGAAAGAGUAUAGUUUGAUUCCCACAAUGAUAAAAGUGAUUUCUAACGCUACGAUUCAAUCAUCUGAAGUGAAUUUCUUCUCUGAAAAAAUUAUUUUGCAAAGAAUAUGGAAUAUGAACAGAAUACAGCAUAUGGGUGUCGACAUGUAUGAUUACGGAAACGUAUACUCAUUCAUUAAGAAGAAUAAUACGUUGAUUAUCGCAAAUCCGAAUUAUCAUCCGGUCAAAAUCCUCGAAAUCACAGUUUCUGAAGGUCUCGAUAUAGAUUAUCCAAUGAAGUUUGACGGAUACACUAUUCCACCCCAUGCAAAAGGCUUAGAAAUUGAAUAUACUUUAACAUUUUUAAAUUCAUCAGAAAUGUGGAAUGAUGGAAAGAUCAGGAUCAUCUGUGAUACAUGUAUAUUAGAUGUACCAAUCAGAUGGUUCUGUAAUCGAGGCGUUUUGAACGUAUCUUUUACUUUUAAUCACGAUCUUGUUUUCGGAAUGAAAUUAGAGGCCGCUCUUGACAUAUCAUCAUCCUUCAAGAGAGAUUUGUAUAUAGAAGAAGGCUACGUCGUUUAUCCAACGAAUGAAUCAAUUUUUACCAAAUCAACAAUCCCUGCUCAACAAACCAAGGCUGGAAUUGGAAAGUAUACAGUUAAUUUGAGCACUUCUAAUGAGGCACUGAAGCCUUUCUUCGAAGUAAUUGAUUCAAAUUCUUCUUAUUACGCACAAACAAGGGCGUGGUCCAACUUUUGGGUACCUCAUUACAAAUUCCAUAUCAAGUUUAUUAUUGUUCUUGAAGAUGGAAUGUAUUACGAGCAUUUACUUGAAUAUGAACUUCAUCAUACCGAAAUUUCCCAUCAUUCCAUAGAUUUCGGACCUGUCCACAAAGAUGAAGUGUUCGAAAAGAAGUUAUAUUUCAGUAAUAUGCUCGCAACUCCCGUAGAAUACACAUUUCAUCCAAAUGAACCGAGUAAUUUGUUCUCAUUAAGGUAUCCAAGUUCAUUUAUUAUCCAUCCAGGUGAAACUAUGGAGUUCCAUUGCGUUUUUGAGACGUUUGAAGUCGGAAAAGUAAAUUCAUUCAUUCCGAUAACGACAAAUGCAACUCCACCAUACGCCAUUCCUGUUAGUGCCAAGAUAGAAGUUCCAAGAGUCCGCUAUAUGGACAAGAAUGACAACAUGAUUGUAAAUCUUCAUUUUAUUGGCGGUGAAGAUAAGCAUUUCAUGUCAUAUAGCUGGAUAAAAUGCAUCAAGGUAGUAAGUUUCGCCAAUUUCUCAGUAGAUUUAAGCGAAAUGAGGAUAACUCCGAACUCAUUUAUCUCAUAUAAGAUAAAUUCAACAAGAUUGAGGCCAAAAGAGUUCGCAAACCUUUGUUUUGACCUUAAACUAUGGUUAUUUGAAGAAAGCGAGAGCAUAGGAAUCCAAUUUUCCAUAAUUUCGGGAGAUUUCAUAUAUAUUUUACCAAUUUAUUUCAAUAUCUCCGACCAAGCGAAACUAAACAUCAAUGAAGCGAUCAAUGGCACAAUGAACAUCGUGUCUGUGCUUGGCGUGAUGGUUCCUUUGACUUCUAUUGUCAUCGGACUCAUUUGUUAUCUCUGGUUCCGAAGAGAAGUCAAAUGGAAGGCAAGGAGAUUCGAUAGAGCGGUGAAGAAGUAUUCGAUUAAUAACUACAGACCAAUUGAAGUGCAGAAUGACCAGGAAUCACUUAUUCCUAUCAAGACAAAAUGGGUUUACAACAGAGCUCCUGUAAAUCGCGUUGCAUCAAUGAGAUCUAUCAGUACUAUGGAGCAUUUCUUAGGAUAG